CGCGCUUGGCCCAUCCAUCGAUCCAUCCAUCAUCGAUCCAUCGAUCGGUCCAUCGAUCGAUCGAUCGAUGGGCGGCCGGAGGCGGCGGUGUUGGAGGAGGGAACUUAAUGCAAAGCAGCUGUGAAUAUUAGUUUAUUGAAAGAGGAAGCGGCCAUAAUGCACCAUGGCAGCAGCCCUCAAAAUGCCCAGCGUCACCUUCAGAGGUCCCGAUCCUUCACGAGCAGCAGCGAGGGAGAAGAGCAGCAGUCCACCCUGCCUCAGUCCCCCGCCGCUCCGUUUGCUCCUUCGGCCAGCCCGUCUGCCCCCCAGUCGCCCACUUACCAGAUCCAGCAGUUCAUCAUGAGGGGAAGUCCAGUAGCUGGCCAGAACGUGAAUAUCACCCUGCAGAAUGUUGGACAGGUAACUCCGGGAAGCCAGCAGAUCACCCUGACGCCCUUGCCCAUCCCCAGCCCCACCUCGCCGGGUUUCCAGUUCAGCCCUCAGCCGAGGCGGUUCGAGCACGGAUCCCCGUCCUACAUCCAAGUGGCCUCACCGUUGCCCCAGCAGGUCCGGCCUCAGAGCCCAACCCAGCCGAGCGCGGGGCCGGGGCCGACGCUGCCCGGCGUCCGGGCCGGCCCCUCCGGCCCCGGCCUGGGGCUGUGCGGCCCGAGCCCCGCCGGAGGAUUCGUGGACGCUAGCGUGCUCGUGCGACAGAUCGGCCUGAGCCCUUCGAAUGGCGGGCAUUUCGUGUAUCAGGAGGGGUCGGGCAUCGCCCAGGUGGCCCAGGGGGCCGCCCCGCACGUUCAGCCGUCCCCUUCGGGAGCGCCGGCUCCCAUUCGAGAAGGCCGACUUGCCCAGCCGCACUCUCAGACGGGCGGCACUAUUCAUCACCUUGGGCCUCAGAGCCCUGUCGCCAGCGGGGCCACCUUGACCAGUCCUGGUCAUAUUACGACCACCAGCCUGCCGCCCCAGAUCAGUAGCAUCAUCCAAGGACAGCUCAUCCAACAACAGCAGGUGCUUUCGGGGCAACCACUCAGCAGACCCAUAUCGUUCGAGAGGACCUCGGGGGUUUUGAUAGCCGGGGUCGGGGGUCCCCCCGCUUUCGGGAUGGCGUCUCCACCUCCCCCCACCAGCCCCUCCCGAGUCACGGUACCGCAGGGGCUGGCCAGUCUUCCUCCGGCCCCGGCGCUGAGCUCGGGGGUGAAGAAAGCCCCCAGAAAGCUAGACGAGAUCCCGCCGGCGUCUCAAGAAACGGCUCGGAUGCGAAAGCAGUGCCUGGACCAUCACCGCAGAGAGAUGGACGCCCUGAAGGAGGUCUUUAAGGAGUACUUGAUCGAGCUGUUUUUCUUGCAACAUCUUCAAGGGAACAUGAUGGAUUUCCUGGCUUUUAAAAAGAAGGUCUGCGUGCCUUUGCAAGCGUACCUUAGGCAGAGUGAUUUGGAUCUUGAGGAAGAGGAGGAGGAAGAGCAGUCUGAAGUCAUUAACGAUGAGGUAAAGGUUGUGACAGGAAAGGAUGGGCAGACUGGUACUCCUGUUGCCAUAGCAACCCAGCUUCCUCCAAAUGUUUCUGCUGCUUUUUCAUCUCAGCAGCAACCGUUCCAGCAGUCACAUUCAGGGACUCCAGUGUCAGCAACUGUGAAUAACCUAGAAAUCGAAGCAUUUAAGAGACAACAAACACUAACUCCAACAGAUUCCUCUAAAAGGCCACGGAUUGAAGUCGGCCGUCUGGGAAUGGUUUUCCAGCAUCCGAAUGUAGCUUCGGGAGUGUCUCUUCAGCAGCUAAUGCCUACAGCACAAGGUGGAAUGCCUCCCACUCCUCAAGCCGUACAGCUGACUGGACAGAAACAAAGCCAGCAACAGUAUGAUCCUUCUAAAGGUCCUCCCGUGCAGAAUGCUGCGAGCUUACACACUCCCCCGCCUCAGCUCCCAGGGAGGCUGCAACCUGCUAGCAUCGCGGUAACGUCUGUCCCGGCUGCCCUGCAACCUCCGCAGCAGCAGCCCCAGGCGGUCGAGUCUCCGGCACCGCCCCAGAAUCAGGCGAAGACCCAGCAACCAAAUAUACCCAUCUCUUCUGCUCCACAAAACCAGCUCUCAUCCCCCCUUCAGCAGCCAAUACAGCCAACACUCCAUAUUCAGAUUCAAGGCCAAGCCCCUACACAGGUUUCCCCACCACAGACUGCGGCUCAGCAACAGACACUGACGCUGAAGCGACCACCGGUAGAUAACGCUCAGGCUUCUCAGCAUCUUCUGGCAAGUUCGGUGCCUUCCUCUCCUCUUCCGCCAUCAACUCCCUCAGGCACAGCACCACUUUCUGCGUAUCCUUUACAGAUGAAUAAAACAUCCACGGCAAACAGCAAGACACUCUCUCCUGUUGCAUCGAAACCUCCGGGCUUGGCUGUAGCUUCAACACCAAAAACCCAGAACCCAGCCCAGAAUGCAGCAGUUCUGCCUCAAGAAAGUUCUCAAGACAAGCUUGCGGAGCAAAUAAAGCUGGAAAACCAAAUCCAUCAACGAAUAGCAGAAUUGAGGAAAGAAGGCUUGUGGUCUCUUAAACGACUGCCCAAACUGCAGGAAACUCCAAGACCCAAAUCUCACUGGGAUUAUUUGUUGGAAGAAAUGCAGUGGAUGGCGACUGAUUUUGCUCAAGAGAGAAGGUGGAAAAUGGCAGCGGCCAAGAAGAUGGUCAGAAGUGUAGCUCGCUACCAUGAGGAAAAGAAACUCAAUGAAGAGAGAACUAAAAGAGAGGAACAGAAUAAGCUAAGGCGAAUUGCUGCAUCAAUUGCCAGAGAAAUAGAAUAUUUCUGGUCUAAUAUUGAGCAGGUUGUAGAAAUUAAAUUGCAAAUAGAAUUUCAAGAAAAAAGGAAAAAGGCAUUAAAUCUAAAGAAAACUUCAAGAAGAGGUAAAGAUGCAAGGCAAUUAGAAGCUAGUAUUAAAGGUGAAACUGAAAACUGUAUGGAUUUAUCAGUGGGAAGGAAACGAAAGGCAAGCACUUCCCUGACUGAUGAAGAAGUGGAAGAUGAAGAGGAGACCAUUGAAGAACAGGAAGCCAGAGAAGGAAAUAUAAAUCAUCAAGCGGAAUUAUCCAGUUUAGCUAAGGAAGCUGAAUUACCUUUGGAUGACUUAAUGAAGUUAUAUGAAGGUGCUUUUGUUGAGAAUUUCUUAUGGCCACAGCCUAUACUUACCACUGAAGAAAUAACCAGUGAAGAAGAAAUGGAAGAUUUGGCAAAUGACAGAGAGAAGGAAGUAGUUCUCAUAGACUCGCUCCUUAGCAUCGACCAGUGUAAAGGGGCAGAGAGAACAGCGCAUCUUGCGAAGAAGCACGCACGAGAUAUUGCGGAAGUCGCUGCGGCUGCCGAAGUUCUGUUACCUAAAGGCAGCUCCCGGAUCACAACAGCGGUGAAAUUUAAUACCCCAUCUCUGCUCUACGGGGCCCUUAGAGAAUAUCAAAAGAUCGGACUUGACUGGUUGGCCAAACUUUACAAAAAGAAUCUCAAUGGCAUCUUGGCUGACGAAGCUGGGCUUGGGAAGACUGUGCAGGUCAUUGCCUUUUUUGCACAUCUAGCUUCCAAUGAAGGCAAUUGGGGUCCCCAUCUCAUUGUGGUGAGAAGUUGCAAUAUACUGAAGUGGGAACUUGAACUUAAACGCUGGUGUCCUGGUUUGAAAAUUCUUCUCUAUUUUGGCAGCCAAAGAGAGCUUAGAGCAAAAAGACAGGAAUGGAUGCAACCCAAUAGCUUCCAUGUGUGCAUCACCUCUUAUAAGCAGUUUUAUAAAGGGCAUCAAGCCUUCACAAAACUGAGAUGGAAAUAUCUAAUCGUUGAUGAGAUGCAGCAAAUUAAGAAUAUGACAGAAAAGCAUUGGGAGGCACUUUUCAACCUUCGAAGCCAGCACCGUUUACUAUUGAUAGACACUCCUUUGCAUAAUACCUUGAUGGAGUUGUGGACCAUGGUGCACUUUCUAAUUCCAGGAAUUUCUAGGUCUUAUUUGGAUUUUCCAGUGAAAACAGCCAAUGAAGAGAACCAAGAUUACUGUCAUAAACUUGUCAUAAGGUUGCACAGAAUGAUACAACCAUUUAUCUUGCGAAGAUCAAAAAGAGAUGUCGAAAAGCAAUUAACUAAGAAAUAUGAGCAUGUGCUCAAGUGUCGGCUGUCUAAUCGCCAAAAGGCCUUGUAUGAAGAUGUUAUACUACAGCCACGAACCCAAGAAGCUCUCAAAAGCGGGCAGUUUGUCAGUGUCCUUCACGUUUUGAUGAAGUUGCAACGGAUUUGUAACCAUCCUGAUUUGAUCAAUCCCAGACUUUCUGGCUCCUCUUAUGCGUCAGAAGCCCUGGAGUUAAGAAUUGCUUCUCCAAUACUUCGGGCAUUGGAACGUGAGAUCUGGAAGGACACCGACAUGUCUAUAUUUGAUCUGAUUGGGGUAGAAAAUAAAAUGACUCAGUAUGAAGCACAAGUGUUACCUAAGCAAAAGGUAACAAGAAAGCUUAUUGAAGAGCUCUAUAGCUCACCUCUUCCUGUGAGACCCAACCCAGUGAAGAUCAAACCGAGCAGAUUGUUUCAACCUGUGCAGUAUGGACAGAAGCCAGAGGGUAGGACUGUAUCUUUUCCGAGUACUCCAGUACAGCGGACAGUGAUCUCAGGAACAGCCACAGUAACGCAACCGGGGCCAGUCCGAGGCAGAUCCCCCAUUGCAACAGCCUCUGCAAAUCAAGGGGGAGAAGUUGUAAAAAUAGCUCAGUUGUCUUCAAUAGCAGGAGCUCAGGGCAGAAUUGCCCAGCCGGAGACACCCGUGACACUGCAGUUUCAAGGCAACAAGUUUACACUGUCCCACAGCCAGCUCCGUCAGCUCACCGCUGGCCAGCCUCUCCAGUUGCAAGGCAGUGUUCUUCAGAUUGUUUCUGCUCCAGGCCAACAGUAUUUGCGCCCUCAAGGGUCAGUUGUCAUGCAGACCAUGUCUCAGUCUGGAACUGCGCAAAAUGCUCUGAAUGCUUUAGGAAAUCAGCAUCAAUCAAGUAUUUCAAGUUCUGCGUCAGUCACUCAGCAAAUUGGCAUACCAGGCAGAACUGCAAUUGCUAACUUGGCAUCUGGUGACCAAGGAAUAGUAGCAAAACCAGCAGGAGCCCAAGCACAGGCGGGGGUGAAGGAAUCGCUAGAGGAAAAAACUAGACUCUUAAAGGAGCGUCUGGAUCGAAUAUUUUCCGGCAAUGAACGGCGCUGUUCCAGAGCACCAGUGUAUGGCAAGGAUUUGUUAGGAAUUUGCACUUUGUUUGGUAAAAGAAAGGUGCCUCAUCCUCAUUUCCCUGGAGACAAUAAGUGGAGGUGGGCUGGCUUAGUGAACUGCUGCCCUUCUGCAGAUACCCCUGAAAGUUCAAAUGAUCCACUGCAAUAUCUGAUACUGACAGCUCACCAGAGAAAAGAAUUCCUACAAGACACCAUUCAAAGGGUCCGCUGUGUGCUCCCUGCAGUGGUUGCUGCCCCUCCCUCUUUAUAUACCGUGAAUCCUCCAGCUUCGUACAGCCAUAAAUUGAAGGUCUUAAAGCACAAUCUCAAGAAGCAACUGACUCCCUACUUCCAUCAGCUGCAACAGAUAUCAGCUCCUUACUUGUUACAGUUUCCCGAUCUCAGAUUGGUGCAGUAUGAUUCAGGCAAGUUAGAAGCACUGGCUAUUUUGCUGCAGAAGCUGAAAUCUGAAGGGCGCCGGGUGCUGAUUUUAUCUCAGAUGAUUCUAAUGUUAGAUAUUUUGGAGCUGUUUUUAAACUUCCACUUUCUAACCUUUAUCAGGAUAGACGAAUAUGCCAACUCUGAGCAACGUCAGGAACUGAUGAAGAGUUUCAAUAGAAACAAGCGGAUAUUUUGUGCCAUCCUCUCUACUCAUAGUCGUUCUACAGGUAUAAAUCUUGUAGAAGCAGACACAGUUGUGUUCUAUGACAAUGAUUUAAAUCCAGUGUUGGAUGCCAAAGCUCAAGAGUGGUGUGAGAGAAUUGGAAGAUGCAAGGACAUUCACAUCUACAGACUUGUAAGUGGUAAUUCCGUAGAAGAAAAGCUGUUGAAAAAUGGCACUAAGGACUUAAUCAGAGAAGUAGCUGCUCAAGGAAAUGACUAUUCCAUGGCAUUCUUAACCCAGCAAACCAUCCAGGAACUAUUUGAGGUCCAUUCUCCUUUGGAAGAUUCUGGCUUUGGAGUGAAAGCUGAGGAAUUUGUGGUCCUCUCUCAGGAACCCUCUCCAGCAGAAACCAUUGCACCUAAGGUUGCGAGACCUUUUAUAGAGGCCCUCAUCAGCAUUGGACAAGAAGAUGAAGAAAAGCUAAAUAAACAUGAGGAAGAAGCUGGAGAAACAGGAUCGGAAUCGGUCAUUGAAGCUUUAAGUUCAGACUGUCGUGAGCUAAAAUACAAUGAAGAGCCAUCACAGCUGGAGGCGUUAGUUGCAGUUGUCGAUCAGCUUACUCCUAUAGAGAAAUAUGCUUUGAAUUAUCUGGAGUUCUACCAUAUUUCCAGUGAUGAAAGCGAACCAGGAGUAGUAGAGGGCGAGUUGAAAGAAGUGAAAAAAGUGUGGGAACUUCAGCACCUGAGGGAAUUGAAGGAAAAAGAAAAUGUGCUUCUAGAGAAAGAAGAAUUAUUUACAUACACCAGAGAAGAUGCAUAUAACAAGGAAUAUGUUUAUGAGGCUCCAGAUGGACAAACAGAAGUAAUGCCACUCUGGACUCCACCUACCCCGCCCCAGGAUGACAAUGACAUCUAUAUCGAUUCCGUUAUGUGUCUGAUGUACGACGCCACCCCCAUCCCCGAAUCCAAACUACCUCCGGUAUAUGUGAGGAAGGAGCGUAAACGACAUAAAGCAGAUCCUUCUGCCACAGGUAGGAAAAAGAAGCAGCGGCACGGCGAAGUGGUCAUCCCUCCUCGAUCGUUGUUCGACCGGGCGACUCCGGGAAUGUUGAAGAUGCGCCGCGAGGGCAAAGAGCAGAAGAAGAACAUCCUGCUGAAACAGCAAACCCAGUUCGCCAAGCCUUUGCCAACGUUUGUCAAGCCGGCCACAGAGGCCGGUCAGGACACCGCAGAGUGGCUCAUUAGUGAAGACUGGGCGUUGCUCCAGGCCGUGAAGCAGUUGCUUGAGCUUCCUCUAAAUCUUGCCAUCCUGUCAGCAGCGCACACGCCCAACUGGGACCUCGUUAGUGACGUGGUUAACUCCUGUAGCCGAGUUUACCGGUCCCCUAAACAGUGCCGGAACCGAUAUGAAAAUGUCAUCAUCCCAAGAGAGGAAGGGAAGCUAAUGUUUGAAGCUAAUCCUAAAAAGAAGACAAAAAGCGUGUAUAAGACCAAGAACAGCCGUCCACUUCGCACUAACCAGAUCUACGCCCAAGACGAAGGGGCCACUCACACCCAACUUUAUACUAACCAUUUCGAAAUGAUGAAAGUGAUAGCAGGAAAGAGAAGCCCACCUAUUAAACCCUUGCUUGGCAUGAAUCCUUUCCAGAAGAACCCGAAGCAUGCCUCAGUGUUGGCAGAAAGUGGAAUCAAUUAUGACAAGCCACUGCCACCCAUUCAGGUUGCUUCAUUGCGGGCCGAGCGGAUUGCUAAGGAGAAAAAGGCUUUGGCUGAACAGCAGAGAGCUCAGCAACAACAACAACAACAGCAACAACAGCAGCAGCAACAACCGCAACAGCCGCAGCAACAGGUUGCCCAGCAACAAAGUCAGCCGCCAGCCAACCAGCCGCCACCACAGGCCCAACCCCAGGUAGCCCAACAGCCGCAGGUAGUCGUGCAAGCAGCGUCCACUGUGGCCAGCACAGCAGUCUUGGCUGGAGCCAUCAAAACGGCAGUCACUGGAACUAGCAUACCUCCAGUGAGUGGAAACGUCAUCGUAAACACAGUUGCCGGUGCCACCUUUCAGCCGAUCAAUAAACGUCUGGCUUCCCCAGUUGUACCCGGGGCCCUAACAACUUCCGGAGGGGCCGCCCCGGCCCAGGUGGUCCACCCCCAGCAGCGAACGGUUACCACUCCCUCCGCUUCCACCGAACUGGGGCCGAUAGCGUCCACCCAGGGGGUCCGAGCCGUCACCUCGGCCCCCGCCCCGGCGGUCGUGACCACCAGCCUCACCCCCGUCCAGACCCAGACGAGGUCUCUUGUGACUCAGGUGUCGCCAGCAACUUCCUCAGGGGUUCAACUUCCAGGCAAGGCAAUCACUCCUGCCCAUUUCCAGCUUCUCAGACAGCAGCAACAACAGCAGCAGCAGCAGCAACAGGCAACUCAGGAGCAGCUCAUCAAACUCCAGAAACAGAAGCUGCAGCUGCCCCAGCAGCCAGCCCCGCAGCCGGCCCCCCAGCCGGGAGCCCCCCAACAACAGCAGCAGCAGCAGCCAGUGCAAGCACCACCGCAGCCACUGCAACAAGCGCUGCAGCAGCAGCAGCAGCAGCCGCCCCCACCGCCGCCGCAGGCCCCGCAGCUCACCAGCGUGGCAGCCCCAAGGCCCGGCGCCGUCCUCACCGGCCCCACCGUGGCCAACCUUCAGGUGGCCCGGCUGACCCGCGUUUCUACUUCCCAGCUCCAAAGCCAGGGCCAGAUGCAGACCCAGACGCCCCAGACGGCCCAGGUCGCCCUGGCCAAGCCUCCCGUCGUGUCCGUCCCGGCAGCAGUGGUGUCGUCCGCAGGGGUGACGACACUCCCGGUGAACAUGACGGGGAUUAGCGUCGCCAUAGGGCAGCCGCAGAAAGCAGCGGGAGGACAGACAGUAGUUGCUCAACCAUUACAUGUUCAGCAGCUUCUGAAACUCAAACAUCACCAGCAGCAAAAAGCCAUCCAGCCCCAGGUGGCACAAGGCCAAACUUCAGUGCCACAAAAGAUAAGCGCACAGCAAGUGACCGUCCAAACCCAGCAACCGACAUCACAGCAGCCAAAAGUGACCUACGCUGCCCAGCCAGCCAUUAAAACACAGUUCCUGACCACUCCAAUUUCCCAGGCCCCCAAACCCAGUGGAAGCCAGCAAGUCCAAGCACAGAUCCAGGUGGCGAAGCUUCCUCAAGUUGUUCAACAGCAAACCACCAUGGCCAAUAUACAACAAAUGGUAUCUGUUUCCCAGCAGGUUCAGACUCCACCACAGUCCGUGGCUCUUUCCCAAACCACCGCCGGCCAACAGCAAGUCCAGGUGAUCCCCGCCACUACUGCCACGGCCCAGGGGGUUCAGCAGAAACUAAUUCAGCAGCAAGUGGUGACCGCGGCCUCUCCGCAACUGCAGGCCUCAGGGGCAGCGAACUCUGGGCAGACCCCACCGGCCUCUGAAGCUGCCGGUCAACAGCCGCCCAAAGUGCCGAUGCGGGCCCCGCCGGUCAGGUUAAAGACCCCCACCAAGCCCAGCUGAGACCCCGAGGAAGUGUAGCGAGCAGGGGCGUCCCGGCAGAGAGGGCAAAGCUGCUUCAAAUAAACCCGAGAGCCCUUCUUUUUCAGUUCAGUUUUAACAGGGGAUGACUGCACAUUCCAACCCGGGGGGGGUUUUUUUGAGGGGGGAAGUCUCGUCUCUCCCUUGUUCAGAUAAGACUCCACGUCCCUCCCCUUGCAGAAGGGCACUAUUUUCAGACGUCCGCUGAAGCCCCGUUAACGAGCCAGUCGAGCGGGCUGCCCCGGUGCCUGGGAAACACCACAAGGCUCUGGGAAGUGAGACGGCGGGACCCGGCAGGGAGCCCAGGGAGUGGCACGAAAUGGAGUGGGGGCAUCUCCCUGGAUGGCGAGGGUGGGCGGAUCCGUGUAAGAAGAGCGCAAAGAACCCAGCGGGUCCAGGCUGGAGCUUUCCGCAGAGAGCCGAACCUGCCUCUUCGUCGAGGCGGAGCGUUCCCUCCAGGAAACUGCGGAUGCGUCGCGUGCCAGUAAAUGUGAACCUUUGUACGUACGGUAUUUGUCAUUUUAAAAACAGGUUAAAUCGUCCUUUUUCGUAAGUCUUUGGAACUGCUGUUUCGUGUCCGGUUUUGUGUACCAAAUUCUCGGAAGCUCCAGAUCUGUGCUCUUGCUUGCUGCGUUCCUCAGCUCGUGAUAAUGGAUAUUUUGGGCAUGUUCCUAGUGGCUAGUUGCCGACUGUAGCUGUCUGUGGAAAGCGUAGCUCCGCAUUCUGUGAAAAGGGACGUUCGGUCCGUAGCUUUUAAAAGUGCUUCGUCUUUGUUCGGUCUGGUUCGGGCGUUUGUUUUAAGCGCCGGAGUUUAACUUUUGUUCUUGUGGUGUUCGAAUGUUCAGUUCACAGCCGUUAGGCCUCCAGCUGCUGAAGAGAGGAUCGAAAAUUCAACUCGACUCAUUCUUAAAUGGUGUAAAGGAUUAGCUGUAACUUUUGUAUUCUUUUACUGAAAUUGUUAAUGAGCAAAGUAUCUUGAGGUGGGUAUUUUGAAUGGCAAAAGACGGUGAUCUCGUCAUCCACAUUAAUUUGCCUUAAUCGUAGGAGAAAACUAGCAAACGGUAUGACUAUUCUUUUCAGACUUAACUUUUCAAACUUUUUAAAACGAUCUCUUUAAGGUGGUUCGCAAAGUCUCUUUUAAUAUUUUUCCUCACUUUGACUAGGGCAUAUGUGAUGGUGACAGGCAUUUUAAAGAGAAUUUUCCAUUACAUUUCAUAAAAUGGACUUUUAUAGGAUUCUUUUUCCAUUCGGUGAAAUUGUUUUCUUACUCUCUUGAGCCGUGGUUUAAUUCAAAGCAAGCCAAAGCACUUUUAUUUCAUCUUAUAUAUAAGACCUUAUAGUGACAAGACGUUUGAUAUGCCUACUUGAAUUUUAAGUAGGAAAUGGACUUCUAGAUCAUCCACAAUAGAGUAGAAUUGUCGGAUGACAAGUGGUCCUUGAUUUUUCCCUCUCCUUGGUGUUUGCCCCAUGGUCCUCAAGUUUGCAGUACUUUUUCUAGUCCGUUCAUUUCGCGUAACUGUUCUGAGCCACUGUUUUGUAAUGACCUAAACUUUAUUAUUGUAGUUGUUCUUUUCAGGGCUGGUAAAGGGGAGAGUGAAUAGCUGAAAGUGCCAAUUUGACUGGAAAAAAAAUAAGCUGUGAUAAAGGCGAGGAGUUCUGGGAACCCAGCAUGCUGUCGCCCAUCACAAAAAUCUUGCUAACCCAGAUCCAGUUUUCCUUUUGAGUAUUUCGUUUGCAUUCUGGCAUGAAGGCCAAAGCCCAUUUGACUGUGUCAUUGUGUAGAUUUCCAGAGGCCGAUAUUUCUUUGUUUGUGAAAGUUGAGGAGGAUGAAAAUAUCUAUUUUUCUCAUUCCUUUCUCUCACUCUCUUUCUCUCCCCCGACCCUGACCCCCAAUAGCCUAGAGGAAAGCAGAGUCAACCUGUAAAUAUUUUAUGAAUAGUAGCAUUUGUACUUGGUAAGUAGGACUGUAUGGAAUAGUGUUGUAACCUACCAAGAUGGAAGGUAAAAUAAAGUGUACGUUUUUAUA